GCUUACAUAAUAAUUCAUUAGAAUUUGUAAAAAAGAUUUUUUCUCCAAAUGUCAUUUUAUCGUUUCCUUAGUUUUGUCUAUCUUCUGUCAUGCGUACUCAAACCCGCCUUAUGAUAUUAUGGCGCUUGUGUGAUUUCCCUUUUAUCUUGGCAAGUUGAAAAUUCAUUUUAUACAGUCAAAUUGAACAACUCAUCACUAUAUAAGCUCUCAUGAUGUUCCAUCCAAACUUUCAGUAACCUGCACCAGGUGGCAGCAGCUGGUGGCAGUAUGUGGCCAUUGUUACUGGACUUAUCUCGGGAUGAGUCUAAACGGAUUCUACGCCGCCUGGAGCUUGAAGCCUAUUCUUCCCUCAUCUCUGCAUUCAGAGCACAAGGAAUUCUCACCAAAGAUAAGAAAAAGAUACUCAAAGACCUACAGCAUGCUUUGAGCAUAUCUACAGAGCGGCACCGUGCUGAGGUGCGAAGAGCCGUCAACGAUGAACAGUUAGCAACAAUAGCAGAUAAAAUGUGUGGGCCAAGUACAGAUGCUGACUGGCUGAUUGAAGGCCGGCGUCUUAUCCCUUUGAUGCCUCGCUUAGUCCCACAGACGGCUUUCACUGUCACUGCUAAUCAAGCAGUUAACCUACAGGUGGAGAAGAAUGCUGCAAUGCCCAAUCCUAUGCACACUGGUAACAAAGAUUGGGGUGUUAUUCCUGAAGAUGAAGAAGAAACGUGCAGUCGGAAGAAAAGAAGCAUGUCGGUGGAUAAUAUAAGUUCAGUCUGUGCUGGAACCCAGACACCCCGUGCUACCACUGCAUCCGCCUCCUCUUCAACGUCAUCAAACACCCUGCAAGGUAUGUCUCCCGUCAAGAUCACCAUCAGCAAGAACUCUCAGACAAGAAGCCAAAACACCAGCGCUGUUGCAACGCAAACCCAAAAAGUGAUAUUGGUGUCCACUUCUGGUUCUGGUUCAAGCACUGGCCCUAAUGUAUUACCAAAGUCCAUUUCUUUGCCUCUUGUUAAAACAAUCCCAACAAUGACGACCAGUGGCAGUGGUCAUCCAAAGAUGUCCAUUGUGAUGCCUAGCACAAACACAAGUCCUGGAAGUGUUUCCAUCUCCAAUGGUAACCUUGGAAACAUCAUCACUGUGGUCACUACAUCAAAUACGUCUUCAAAGUCUACCUCAACAAAUACAACUGCUGUUCUUGGUACUCCUUCUGCAGCAUUUUUACCAUCAUCUAUAAACAUUUCUAAACCCAGACCAAAAUCAGUUCCAAGACAGAAGCUCCCUCAGUUUGGUCAAAAACCUGGCGUUGUGAUCCCUGUUGGCCAGCAACCAUUACAUUCUCCCCAAGGAAACCAGUCUGUACAGAGUAUCCAAAUAAAACCAACCACAAAGUCAGCAAUCCAGAUUAAGCAUGAAGGAGGCAUGAAGAUAAUAACCCAGAGUGUCCCACCCACUGGUAGUAAAAUAUUACCCAAGCCAACCCAAUCUGGGACACCAGUGGUAGUUGUUAGUGGAGUCUCCACAACUACUACUGCCACUACAGUUUCUAUGGUGACUAGGCCUGUGUCCACUAUUUCAGUGAGCCAAGCAGGCAACAGCAAAAUCCUGAACAUCAAUGCUCCAGGUGGGAAGGUGAUUACAACGACAAAGACAGCUAAUGUAGUGACUGUGAAUCCCAAAACUUUGCAUCUAACAGCAGUCAAAUCCAGCACCGGUGGAACUGUAAGCCGACCUAAUGUUAUUGUGGUGACGAAAGCUCCACCUAAAAGAUCACCAGUCCCAAUUUCCACUAGCAUCACAAAAGGAACGGAACUUGUAAGUUUCAUUCAUAAACAUGAUAAUCGUCAAGGAAGUAGUCCAGUAUCUUCUUUGAAGUCUCCUCUAGAGAAAAAGAUAAUUGUAACCACAACAGUUCCAGAGUCAUUGAAGCGUCAGCAACAGGCUCGAAUCACAGAUGUUGACAGUGCUGGCGGGAAGACUUCUACAUUGCUGGCAGAACUCAUUCAAGCCGCUGGUAUCCUGCCAGACACUCAUUCUGCUGACUCACAGCAGACUUCUUCUACUAUAGCAAUUACUGAUGUUGCUAUCGCUCCUGCUCUUUUUUGGGGUUUUUUUUCAGUUUCCACCCAGCCACUCACUAGCAACGAGUGGUUUGAAUAUGAUGUCGCGGAUGACCAAUCAAACACAUAUACCAAUGAUUCUUCUACAGAUGCUAUCUCGGCUCUCUUAGAGAUGCAGCACCAAUCCAAUAACGGUAACCUCCAAAUCAAAGAGAAAGAGAUCAUUAGAAGUUCAUCAGACCUUGGAAAUCUUUCUGAGCAAAUAAAUCAGCAGAACUUUUACACCCUUGAUCAGGCUCUGAGCAUUUUAAGUCAAGAAGAAAAAGACGCUCCAGCUUCUUCUAUCGGCGGUUCGGUCGACCCACUCAGUUUUCUCAAUUCUUCCACAUUUCCACUCAGCAUUUCUAAACAGAUUGAAGAACCGAUGCAGGUUACAGUUUCCACUCCUGAUGUCUCCAAUACUGUUGAAGUACCCAUCUCUACUGAAACUCCUCCCUCAACACCAGUGCCAACAGAUCUAGUUGAGCAGCUCUCCACCUCUAUGAACCAAGAGCUGUUACAAGGGGAACUCGAUCCUCAGACUGGACUCUUUUAUACGGUGGUUCCAUCAUCUGUGACAACAGGUUCUUCGACCACAAGCACCAACACUGUUCAGACCCUUAGCCAGAGCAGUACCAGCAGCAACACCUCUACCACAAACACUACCACCACCACUGUUGCAAACACUCCGGUUGUUGCCAAGCAGAUUAUCAUCUCGAGCCACACUCAAGACAACAGAAUAUCAAGCACUGUCGGUGGUGGGGGUGGCAGUGGCAGUGGUGGUGAUAGUAAGGAUGGUAGCAGUGGUAGUGGUGGUAGUAGUGUCAGUGGUGGUAGUAGCAGCAGUGGCAGCAGUAGCAGUUUUGCUGACAAUAGCAGGUCUUCGACCUCACCAUUUCCGUUGACUUCGGUCAUCUCGGCAUCAACUUCAUCUUUGGUGCACAUGCUCGGUGCUUCUUCUUCUUCUACUACUGCGUCGUCGUCGUCUUCCUCCUCCUCCUCUCUCCUUCCUACAUCUCUCUCUAACACCACCACUGCCGCCACCACCACCACCACCACUACCACCACAACGGCCACCACUGCCACCACCACCACCACUACGACUGUCUCUGUUACUACCACCGCUAGCACUCCUGCCUCCUCUGUCACCGCUACCAUCACCACCACCAGCUCAACUUCAUCUAAACCAUUGGACCUUCUGAGCAGCUCACUGGCCCAGGCUCAGAUUGACUUGGACACAUAUCAUUUCAUUGAGGAAAUUGAAACAGACAUGCCGAGCCAAGUGACUUCUCCAAAGAGCAGCAGUAAAACAAAUAAUAACAAUAAUAAUAAUAAGAGCAGCAGUGACAUUAGCAGUAGCAACAGUAGUAGUAGUAGCAGUAGUAAAAGUAGUAUUAACAUUAUUAGUACUACUUCGAGCGGCAACAGUAAUAGCAAUAGAAGUAGUAGUAGUAGUAGUAGUAGUAGUAGUAGUAGUAGUAGUAGCAGUAGUAGUAGUAGUAGUAGUAGUAUCAGCAUUACCAAAGGGACGAAAGAGAGCCCCACGUCCAAACCCACAUCCAACACUCUACUGGCUAAAAUCACCACGUCACCAUUGAUAUCGACAGUUUCAAACACAACCAGGAAAAGCAGUGUUUCAGUACCAGACAAUCCUUCUAAAGUGAACUCAGAUCCAGAUGUAAUCUGUUUGAAAGAAACUAUCAACCUUACAUCCGAGCCCGUUUCCCAGCCUGUGACAAGUACCAUGUCUUCAUCGUCAGUUUCUUCUACUCCUGUCUCUAAGUCAUUCCUGAAAGGGAGUGCUAAGCAAGAAUCGUCUUCAUCUGAAUCCUCUCCGCCUGUCAUAACCAUCACGACGUCUCCCAAGAGUGUCUCGGCAAAAACCUCCUCUCCUGAAACAAUCGCAAAACUACCCCUAAACAUUUUCCAGGUGAAAACUGUGCAGAAGAAAUUAAGCAGUGCAUCUACUCAACAGGGAGGUCAGCAGCAACAGCAUCAAGUGGUGGUGAUCACUAAAGAAAAACCUUCGGAGAAACGCCUCUGCUCAUCAAAGAUUGACAUGAAAGACGUAAGAGUGCAUGCCAUUACCACAUCGACUCAACUAAAGGAUUCUAAUGCGAAAAUUCCAAAGAAAUCUUCCCCAACAGGCGUUGAAGGAAAACUUGGUGAAACCCCAAACAGCCUAGCUGAGGGCAAAUCUCUGGACAAUAUUGGUGCUAAAUCGAAAACCACCUCGUCCAAAGUGGUGGAUGUCUCUUUAACGGAGAUCAAAGAUUACAAAAAGUUAAGAGGCACAAGCAGCAUAAACACUUCGCCAGUGGAUGCAGUUAAGAUUCUCAAGAAGCUUGUGAGUCCCACAAGCGAAGCAGGAAAGGGCGUGUCUGCAACUGUUUGCGUGAACACGGUUCAUAAGAAAGUGGUGCCAGUGACUACUUCGAUGUCGCUGAGUAGGAAACUGGACACGUCAGUGGGCGGUUCGAUUCUCAGCAAACCCUCCCCGCCAAAAGUAACUGUGAAGAAGAUCGACUCGCACACUGUCACCGUGUCGAAAGUUCUGCUGGAAGGCCGUCGUUCCUGUAACAACAGCAAAGAUAUCGUUCUGUCAGCGAUUCCGAAACGAAGUGAAGAGAUGAAGAAGUUCCCUUCGGUUUUGAUCAACAGUUGUCAGAAAGAGUUGGUCACCAAAUUAAAACCGCUCAAUAAAACAUCAGCCCAGCUCACUACUGCUGAAAAGACUCUUAAACCGGUGUCAUCGUCUAUUUCAAUAUCCACAUCAUUAUCGUCAUCAUCAUCAUCGUCAUCAUCACCAUCAUCAUCUUCAUUGUCAACAUCCUCAUCAUCACCCUCAUCAUCAUUGUCAUCAUCAUCGUCAUUAUCAUUAUUAACAUCCUCAUCUUCCUCUCGUUCAGCAUCAUCUACAUCCUCAUCAUCAUCAUCAUCAUCAACAACAACAACAACUGCAACAUCAACAAAGUCAUCAUCACAGUCAUCAACAUUAUCAUCCUCAUCGCCAUCGUCGUCGUCAUCAUCCACAUCAUCGUCAACAUCUUCAUCCACAUCACUAGUAAGAGUGUCUGUGCCAAUCUCUUGCAUAACUAGUUCCACACAAGAAAACAGAGGAAGUGUGCUCAACAAAUCCACUAAUUUUGAGAAGCAGCGGCUGGUUGAAAUCAAUGGUCCCAGACCUUUUAGCAAAACCGGCGGCAUUAAGUGCGAUUUAAACCCAUCUGUGAUGCUAACCUUGCCCGGAAAAAGCAGCACUGCAAAAGACCGUGUACCUGUCCAAAACAAAGUGGUCUCAGAACUGUGUCCAAUCGAACCUCUCACAGAUGGCAAGAGCACUGUGGUAAACAGUGUUUGCAGCAAUUCUGAGGGUACUAUUGCUGAACGAGGGGACAAGCUUUUGUCAAAGGUGACACCGAGGGCGACUAAAGACGAGAAAACACUCGGAAAGUCAAUUCUCAUCAGUGUUAAGACUUCGGCUGAGGUGGUUGUCGUGUCCGAACCAUUAACAGUACUUUCUACGACGUCAGACAGAAAGGGUUCAAACAGCAGCCAUGUGAGCAGCGAAGAGCCCCUCCAAGGGCAAGGCAAAAGUGUAGAGUUCCUUAGUAAAGAAAACCUUGAAGAAAUGGUCCCUGCUGGAAGCCCUUCAGGGACUGAAGUGAGUAGCAGUUCAGACAGCCAAGGUGAUGGUCUAUUCAGCACUGAUACAAACCCAAUCCGAGUGAGUCAGAGGAAGAGAAAGCCUCCCGCCACCCUUGAUGAUAACCCUUCCCCGCCUUCCUUAGGGGGCUGGGUUCGUAUUGCUUUGGGGCUUUUAGAGAGAGUAUCUCGCUUCCGAGGAGUCAAUCGAGAAAAGGGGGAACUGAAUGCCGCAUCAUGGUUCACCCGACCAGUGGAUCCUCUUGAGGCCCCUGACUACUACACCAUUGUGAAGACUCCUAUGGAUUUCAGCACGAUACGGAAACGAUUGGAGUCUGGAUAUUAUUCUACAAUGGAAGAUUUCCAUACUGAUAUGUCAUUGGUACGUGAUAAUUGUGGGUUGUACAAUCCACUUGGCAGUUCUGUCCAGAGAGACUGCCAAGAAGUAUUUGCAUUUUAUACUCAAGAGUAUGAGAAAAUAGUCGGCAAAUUGAACAAGGUAAAUGUCUUUAUUAUCUCGAAAAAUUUGUUUGUGAUUUUUCUCCAGUUGAUUUACGAGUUUAAUAAAGUCAUUUUAAAUAUAUCUGCCUAAAGUGUGAGUCCUGAAAGUCAUGGCUUUCGGUGACUACCAAAGACUUUAUUUUCUUGUCUAUCCAAAGUUAGUCAGCUUGCCAGACUCCAAACUAUUCAUGCUGGAACUCUCUACUAUAAACUAACAGGAAUUCUUCACUUU